AUCAAACUCUGUCCCUCUCAAAGUCUCAACAUUUUUGUAUCUGAACCGACUUUACUGCUUCCCGACUGGAUUUGUUGUAAGUGUAGGUGAUUAAGGAUUUCUGGGUGAUUGGUGGCUUGUAACAACACACAGAUACAGUAUAACCGAGUACCUGGCUCCGGGAGGCCUUCUGGAGGUAAUAUGAGGAAAUUGAAAGAUCUAAUGCAUAACAGUGAUAACCGAACUUGUGCAGACUGUGGUGCUCCAGAUCCUAAGUGGGCGUCAGCAAAUAUUGGAGUAUUUCUAUGCUUGAAAUGCUGUGGUGUGCACCGAAGUCUUGGUACUCAUAUUUCAAAGGUUUUGUCAGUCACCUUAGAUGAUUGGUCUGAUGAAGAAAUUGAAUCCAUGAUUGAGGUUGGUGGAAAUUCUUCUGCUAAUUCAGUCUACGAGGCUUUUAUACCUGAUGGGAUCACAAAGCCUGGAGCAGAUUCAAGCCAUGAACAACGUUCCAAGUUCAUCAGGUCAAAGUAUGAGCUUCAGGAAUUUCUUAAACCAAGCUUGCGGAUCGUUUCAUUGAAUACUGGAAGGAACUCUCUCGAAACUAGUAUCCCCGGAAAGAUUAUGGACACCUUCCACUUAAACUUGUUCUCUUAUUAAUUUGGAAUGGUUAGAGGUCUUCUCCUGAUAAUUGUGUCAUGUAUCUAUAUUAUUAAGAGUCUUGAGGGUGUGGAUUGUCUAUUUGAAAUACUUGUGAUUGGUGAAGACCUCU